AUGCUAUACCAUUCCAUGUCGGAUACUGUAUAUUUUGAUAACAUAUUCAUUGUCAUCAUGAGAUCGGCUGAAAAUGAAAUCAACAAUUCUUUACAAAUGGCUUCAUCGAAUUUUGAUAUUCAAGAAACUUGUAAAAGUUUAACUCAAGUCAUUGAAACCUGUGGUGUUCAUUCGCUCGGAAAUAUUUUUCAAAAAUUGGUUGAAGAUAUUUUCAUCAACAAAACAUAUAAAUGGUGUUUGGUGAGAAGUGGAGUUCCUAUGGCAGACUUUGGUAUUGUGAGAAGAUUCCUGGGACCAGAUGGAGCAAUGUUUCAACUUAUAAAUAGAAUGCAAAUACAUGGAGUGCAAGUUAAAGGACCAGAUAUGGUGGCUCUUGGAGAAUUUCACUCAGAUCUCAUGUAUGAUCCUCAAAGAUUAGUCUGUCCUUUUGAAUCAUAUUUCUGUCACUUUUCUCAUAUUAUAACAAAGUUAAGUUUGAAUACGACGAUUUCCAACAAUAUGUUUCCACACAACAGAUUCAACUUGAGAAACCCGAAUUUGUUAGUAAGCGGAGCUGAAGAUUUACUUUACUUUGUUUUGCUGGACGAUUACUUAUCAUAUUAUCUUCCUUCUGGUGCUGAUGCCAAACCUCCUACUUUAAAUACUGGUGGGUUAUUCAACACAUCAACCAAGGUGCAUCGUAAUAUCACUAAAUCCAGUUUUCUGCUGAGACAUGAUUCUAAUAAUGUUAUAUCACAUGGACAACCUUCUCACAGUGAGACUUGGUGCUGUGAUGUUUUGAUGAAUAUAUUUACAACAUUUUGGAUGUAUGGAUUUCAACCAAACAGAAAUGAAUUCUGUAGCGGUUCUGCUGUUCGAGGAAAGGUUCCAACUGAAAAUCAUGUCAGGGCAGUUAGACUUCUCGUCAAGCAUGUUCACUUUUUUUGUAAUGCUCACAUGGGGAACACUUUGACCAAACGGUUUCAAAAUGACUCGAUCUUGGAGCAACUUGACCAGAAUUUGAUGAAUAAAUUUCAACCUAAAUUGUUCAUGUUUUUGCAACAUUGUUUCGAGGUAUGGCCCCUGGAUCACACUUUUAGGAUUGUACUAGAAACUUGGCUGAGUUAUAUUCAACCAUGGAGGUAUGUUAAAAAUGAUUUUCCUACGUUAUCUUCUGAUUGUAAUGUAAACAAUAAUUGGUAUCAUUUUGUAUAUGCUAAUAUUCAGUUUUACUCGGCUUUAUUCCAAGUUGUUAUUAGGAGAUUCAUUAGAAUGGAUAUAGGAACAAUGGGAAAUUCCUUCUUGCUUUUUCGAGUUGCAAAAGUUUACAGCCAACCUAAUUUGAUCACCUUGAUAGACCAAGCACAUGAAGCAAAUCCACAACUUGCUUACAGUCAGUUGUCUGGAAAUUUUGAAAGCUAUGUCAUUAGCCAAUCAUAUGGAGCUGUCGAGCCUAAAGAUGAUGACUUGUUUUCUCCUGUUUUUAUCGAUGUUGUGAGGCAACUGUUACUUAUAAUCUCCCAAGCAUUAGAAACUACAAAAUCGUCAGCUGCUUCUGCGAACUCCGACUGGUCAAAUCAAGUAUUAACGUUCUGUGGUUACGGAGCUUUUGUUGAAAACAACGAUUCUGGUUCUACUGGACCAGACAAGAAAAAGAUUGUGCAAAAUCUAAAUUAUGCCUUGAAAACUUUCUGUGAUAUUUUUGAGUUACCAUUACCCAAACUUGAUACCGUUUCAAGAAAAUCACCUGGACGUGGCAGUGAUAUAGCAGAAUAUGAAUUAGAUGAAAAUGGAAAAAUGAGUUUGUCACCAACUGGCCGUUUUCAGCUUCAAAACAAAUUGAAAAAAUUCCCAAUUUUGCCAAAUGUAGAUCCAGAUCUUCGUCCUAUUUGUAGUUUUGAGAAUGCUUUUUUGGUUCGUUUUUUACACAAACUUUCAUCAAAAUUCAAUGGCAAAUACCAACAUGAAAUUGAAGAAUUAUGCAAGAAGAAUGAUAUCUUGGGAAAAGUCUGUAAAAUAUUAUUUGAACAACCUGACGAAUUCCCUGCAUUGAAACACGGUUUUCACCCUAAGCCUCAUCUAUCUUUGAGAUUUAUCGCUCAUUACAGAAACAUAUUCUACAUUUUCAUGUUAUAUGCUCUGUCGUUAUUUUUUAGGUUCAAUUUUGUAUAUGCAUGUAUUUACAUUGUUUUUCUACUUGUCAUCAUAAUAUUCUUCAGAGCUUUGUUCAGUAAAGAUUGAUAUUUUCUUUCCAAUAUACAUUUCCUACCCUUGUGUAUCAAUUGGAUAUUUGAUGAAUCGUAUAGGAGGGUUGCAUUUGCUAAAUCUUGUAAUUGGCAAUGAAGAAGAAUUAUCUAAGGCUGUGAAGCCAAAAAAACUACUCAGACUCAUGGUUAACAAAAAUUUCCAACUUUGAUAACAGGUAGAGAAAAGUUAUGACACUCGGCUACAAGAAACCAAUUGUUGGUAAACCAAAUUUGUACAUAUGUGUUCUCUAUUCAAUUGCUUAUUGAUAUCAAUUCGAUGCUAGAAAUUCCAUAUUUGAUUUUAAUUGAUUUUAAAAUCUGAUAUUUUGACUCUUCGGUGUAUAAAGUGAAGACUUCCAUUAUUACUAGAAACAUACCAAGUACAGACUCCUCAGCUGUGUCCUCUUUUUUACCAAAAAUACCCUCCUUCUGACAAUAAGCUAUAGUUCAUCACAUACUUUUUGACAAAUUUGAAUUUAAACAGUCUAGUUUAUGUAAUGGUGUUGUGAAUGGGUUUUUACUGAUUUUUUCCCUAAUUUUUCACUUAUUUGAUGUUGUAUUCGAUAUUGACUAACAUUUCGUAUAAACCAUUUUUAGUGUGUAAAUAAUACAUCAAUUUUCUGCCAAUUACAUUGAUGUGAAGUGUCAAAAAUUAAUUCCCAAAGUCGUAGAUCAAUCAUACUUUUUUAUACUGUCUGUGUUUUCAUGAUUAAAAUUUUUGGCUUGAUAGUGUUUUUGCAUUCAUUUCUCAGCUUAUAGAUUGGAUGUAACUGUAAUUACAACCUCAAGCUCAAUAGUUAAUUAUUUUAUUUGUCUGCAAGCGAACAAAUGUACCACAUCUAA